AUGUCUGAUAUACCGACUCGACCACCACCACCGGCGCCCCCGCUACCACCAGGCUGGACAGAACACAAGGCACCCACUGGGCACACUUACUACUACAACAAGCAAACAAAAAAGUCGACAUACACGCGGCCUACCCUGCCCAUAAUACCGGCACCACUACCAACACCACUCCAUCACUCUCUGCCUCCCAAGCCUCCAUCAUACCAUGCGCCGCCCCCACAACUUGCGGAGCCAUCGCAGAAUGCAUUCGACCCGCAGCGGUCGCUACAGGAGUUGAUUUUUGCAAGUGCACCCAAGGAGUUUGUAAAACCUGCAGGAAACCACACGGGAAGAGGAGGCCACCGAGGAGGCUUCCGCAGCGGUCGAGAUAACUUCCAUGAUAGGCGCAGAACACAAGACGACCGACCAAAACACAGAAACGACAUUCCAAAUUGUGCACCAUGGGUACUAGUCAGGACGAAGUUUGGGCGCCGGUUCGUGUGGAACAAGGACACCAAUGAGAGCUUCUGGAAGUUUCCUCCGGAUGUGUUGAAGGCUGUGAUGGAGUACGAUAGGAAGGAACGAGAAAAGAGGGAACGACGAGCACGUGGGGAGCCAAGCGAAGACGAGGCCGAGGAUGAGGCCAUGGCAGAGAUUGAAGCUGAGCUUGCUGAGGCGGAAGAAGAGGUCGAGAUUGUCGAAGUGGAUGGCGAAGAAGGCAUGGAGAACGACGAGGAAUAUGAGGAAGUAGAGGUUACCGACGACGAAGGCGAGGGAUCAGGAACUGCGUCAAAACGACAACGCACCGCAGAGCCAGGCGACAACCAACCCCCAGAUACCAACGAAGACGACGACCUAGCCUGGCAAAUCGCGCAAAUGGAAGAAAUGGAAAUGGGCGGCAUGGACCAAGAGGAAGAAUACUACGACGACGAAGAGCCACCUCUGACCGAAGAAGACUGCAAAGCUCUCUUCAAAGAGCUUCUCGACGACAAACAAAUAAGCCCUUUUACACCGUGGGACAAGAUCCUCGAAGAUGGCGUCCUCUACGACGACGAGCGCUACAAGGCAUUACCUAACAUGAUGGCUCGCAAGGAAUGUUUCAAUGAAUGGGCGCGCGACAAGUCCAUCUUCCUGAAGGAGCAGCGCGCAAAACAGGCAAAACUCGACCCACGAAUACCCUAUCUCGCGCUGCUAGACCGCCAUGCAACGCCGAAGCUCUACUGGCCUGAGUUUCGCCGCAAAUUUAAGAAGGAACCGGAGCUCAAAGAUGGCAAGUUGCCAGACAAGGAGAAGGAAAAGUUGUAUCGUGAGCACAUCAAACGUCUUGGAAUGCGGUCAGCAGAUCUCAAAUCCGAUCUUUCGGCCCUAUUGCGCGCACAGCCUCUUGCUCUGCUGAACCGCACCACCACGCUCGACACUCUGCCCUCUACUGUCCUGACAGAUUUGAGGUUCAUAUCCCUGCCACCAUCAACGCGCGAAUCGCUCAUCAAAACGUACAUUUCCACGUUGCCAGCCCCACAAGAGGGCGUGGUGUACUCUGCAGAAGAAGAAGCCGAGCGUGCGAAGAAGUUUGCGGAACGCGAGAGGAGAGAGAAAGCACUUGCCGAUCGCGAGCGCAGGGUCAGGGAGGAGAAGAGGAAGCAAGAGAGGGAAUUGGCGUAUGGAAAGGGGAGAUUGAGGGAGGAGGAAGAGGAGAUUGAGAGAGCGAUGAGGGUUGGCAAGGAGGGACUGAAGGGCCAUUUGAUGGAGAAGCAUAGAUCUGCUGAGAUGGAUUGA